CUUCCUAUAGGGACUGAAAACCAAGUGAGGAGAUGAUGGAAUGACUAUACGACACUGGAGAAUACAUGGAGGAUAGACACUGCAGAUAGAUCCUGACUGAUGAAACAAUUGCACAACUACAGAUGAUAUCAUCUAAGAAUAUAGAUGGUAUAGAUUUGCAAACAGAUCCUGACCAUCAUCCAACUGCACAACUAUGGGAAGAUAUCCCUUCAAGUCAUUGCUCACAGAAGAUUGGGAAGUGAAACCAUCCUCUGGAAAAUCGAUCGGAUCAGGGGAACUCUGAUAGAUCACCAGGUCUGCAAGAGUAUGGAGCCUUCCAUCAGAACCAGCUUUUCCAAGCGUUUGGCUAUUGGUGAUUGGUUACGAUGAGGUGGGAAGAGGUAUGAUUGGACUCGAACUGUGAUGAGAAUUUAAUCAUUCAUUCAUUGAGCCUCAUGAACCACUGACUCAUUCCAACAGUUGAGAGGCUGUUCAAGUAUGAGGAGGGGCUGCAUGAGAUCUAUAAUGCUGACUGCAUCUGUUCAGCAGCCACAUGGAAGAGAAAUCAUUCAAGUGUGAGGUGUGUGACCAAAUCUUCACAAGAUCAUCAGCCCUUGUGAAACACCAACGGAUUCACACAGGGGAGAAACCUUUCACAUGCAAGGUGUGCAACAAGUCAUUUUCACAGUUAACAAACCUCCACAGACAUCAACGGAUUCACACUGGAGAGAAACCAUUCGCAUGUAGGGUGUGCAACAAAUCAUUUUCACAGUUAACAAAUCUCCACACACACCAACGUGUUCACACACAGGAGAAGCCAUUCUCUUGUGACAUUUGUAACAAAACUUUUAAGCGGUCAUCAAACCUCCUGCUCCAUCAGACAACACACACAGGGGAGAAGCCCUUUAAGUGUAAUGUUUGCAAUAAAGCUUUUGCAACAUCUACAAGGCUCCUGAAGCACCAGACUGUUCACACUGGAGAGAAACCCUUUAGGUGUGAGGUGUGUGACCGAGCCUUCACACAGUCAUCAACACUUGUGAAGCACCGACGCACUCACACUGGAGAAAAGCCUUUCAAUUGUGAAAGGUGUGAUAAAUCUUUCACUCAGUUAUCCACCCUCCAGGACCACCAAUACAUUCACACUGGUGAGAAGCCAUUCACAUGUAAGGUGUGCAACAAAUCAUUCUCAUGGUCAACGCAUCUCCGUGUACAUAGACGCAUUCACACGGGGGAGAAACCAUUCUCAUGUCAGGUAUGCGACAAAUCAUUUUCUUGGUCAAAUGCCCUCCUUGAACAUCAGCGCAUUCACACGGGGGAGAAACCAUUUACAUGUGAGGUGUGUAACAAAUCAUUCUCACAGUCAUCAAACCUCCGUGCACACCAACGCAUUCACACAGGGGAGAAACCAUUUACAUGUGAAGUGUGUGACAAAUCCUUUGCACAGUUAGCAAGCCUCCUGCGACAUCAGACAGUCCACACUGAAAGCAGAACUUAUUUUAGCGAUGGUGUCAAACGAACUGGAUCAGUCUUUCUCACAGUAGACAAGUAUGACAGAAAACGUGCACUGGAGGCUACAGAAUGCACGACAUUGAAGAGGGUGAAGCGGCUGCCAUUUACAGGUGCGCACCUCCAAUUCUGGCGGCGCCACCUAACGGCCGCUCGGGCUCGGGCUCGGGCUCGCGCGUCCUCGGAUUCAAACUGGUGCAGCGCGCGGCAGGACGACAACUGCCGUCAGGCGCCGCGGGCUGAAUGUCCGCGAUUCCAUUCUGCUGUCUCUGAGCACGUGCAGCCAAUGCGGAGUGCUGGGGGAAAGCCACAGGCUCUGGCCCACUCUGGGUACAAGGGCAGAUACAUGGAAAAUAAACCCUUCAAGUGUGAAAUUUGUGGAAAAGCUCUUGUGACAUCUUCCAGUCUUUUGAUGCAUCAGAGGAUUCACACAAGGGAGAAACCAUUUAGAUGUGAGAUGUGUGAUGCAGCUUUCAUCCAAUCCUCAGAUCUCCUGAAGCACCAGCGUAUUCACACAGGGGAGAAGCCAUUCACCUGUGAGGUGUGUGACAAAUCAUUCUUGCAGUCAUCGAGCCUCCGUAGGCACCAACGCAUUCACACAGGGGAGAAAUCAUUUAUGUGCAACUUGUGCAACAAAUCAUUCACAUGGUCUUCAGACCUUCGUGUACAUCAACGUAUUCACACAGGGGAGAAACCGUUCAUAUGUGAGGUGUGUGAUAAAUCAUUCUCAGACUCAUCACAUCUCCGCAGACACCAACGCCUUCACAGAGGGGAUUAAACCUUCAAGUGUGAGCUUCCGUGAUGUGUUUGGCCCGUUGAAACACCAGACAAUUCACACAUGGAAGAAGCUCUUCAGAUGUAAUAUUUUCAUCAAGGCUGUCACACAUUCUCAUAAGAGAUUCAUUGAGUACAGAGAUGCCUUUGGCCUAUUGUGGCCAAAGAGUAAAAAAGAACCCAUCACCUAUCUGCACUAAUCUCACUGUCCAGCAAUAUCCUAAUCAGCUCCACACUGCUAAGCAACAUUUUGGAUCUGAAAUGUAUGACAAGACCUUCAUAUGUUCAGUGUGCCUCCUGGUCCAUCUUUGCACUUACACAGGACAAAAACCCUAUCAAUGUGAGUUCUAUAAUUAAACCAUCAGACAGUUAUUGAACCUUUUGGAACAUCCGUAAUGUCGCAAAGGAACUGCCAACGAAGUCCUAGCCCUGUCUGUCCUCAGAGUGUUUAUCUGUACCCAGUCUCACUGUGCAGGGUGUUCAGUGGGACUGGGACACAGAACAAGAAGCAGCUUUCACUCCCAUCAAACAACUAGUGAUGACAUCACCAGUGCUGAGGGAUUAUGAUGUAACAAUGGAGUCACCCUGCAGUGUGAUGUCAGUGAAACAGGACUUGGAGUAACCCCCAGGCAGUGAGGACAACCCGUUGUGUUUGUAUCCAGAGGGUUUACACAAACUGAACAACACUAAACACAAAUGGAGAAAGAGAGACUGGAUAUUGUAUUUAAUUGUGAGUACUUUAGGCACCUGUUUGGGACAGAGAAAGUAUGGUGCAGUCUGAUCAAUUCAGCUCAUCUUUCUCAAACCACUUGCAUCCUCUCCAAAGUGGUUGUAAGAAGGAGUGCAGCGUACUAUACCAGUGAACACAGAGAGGAUAGACAUCGUCGAUCCUGACCAUCACCCAAGGAACAAGUGUACAACUGUGGGAACACAUCCAGUCCUUUCACAGCAUUGCUCAAUACAGAGAAGAUUGAGCAGUAAAACCAUCAUCUGGAAAUUGGUCAGGUCAGGGGAGCUUUGACAUAUCAUCAGGUCUGAAACUGGUCAGUGGUGUGGAGCCUGCCAUCAGAACCAACCUUUCUGAAGGUUUGGCUGUGGGUGAUCGGUCAGGGUGAAGCUGGGAAGAAGUAUGAAUGGCCCCAAGUGUAGUGCAAGCUUCAAUUGUUUUCAUCGAGCCUCAUGAGCCACUGACUUAUUCCGAAGGGGGGAGGCUGUACAAGUGUGAGAAAGCCUCCACAGGAUCAUUAGAUCUCCCAACAUGCAAGGUGUACCUUUUGUUGAUAGUUAAAACAAGGACAGCUACAUGGAAGAGAAGCCUUGUCUCUGUGAUGUUUGUGAGAUGGCUUUCACUCAAUCCUCUGAUCUUGUGAGGCACCUGAGAAUUCACGCAGAGGAAAAACCUUUCAGGUGUGGUGUGUGUGCCCGAGCCUUUGCACUAUCGUCAACCUUUGUGAAACAUCGUGCACCCUGUGGAAAAGCCAUUUCUGUGUGAGGUUUAUAUCAGGAAUUUUACACACUUGUCACUAUGAAUUACUGGCAGAUUGCCACAGCGGGGGUGGGGGAAACCAUUCAUAGUCUUGGUCUCAGUAAGCUACUGAGCAUAACAAUGCAUUCAAACAGAGAAGAAACUGUUCCCCUGUGGCUUCUUCAGUUCAAUGGAACUGCUCAUGUUUCAAAGCAGGCACACCGAUGUCAGUGCAGCAUAUUGUGGGGAAGAGGAAAGUCAGAAUUUUUCAGAUGAAGAGAUGAACAUUCUUCUCGCCGAAGUGGAAGCAAGACGCAAUUGCAUCCUUGGCGGUGGAAAGAGGAAACCACCUAGGAAAGUACAGUCCAUUGCCUGGAAGGAAGUAGCGACUGUGGUUAGUGCGAAUAGCACUGUCCGAUGGACAGAGGACCAAUGCAGGAAGAAACUUCACGAUUUGAUGCGCGCUGCCAGGGUAAAGCUCACCCAUAAUACCCGGGAACGCUCGUUGAGUGGAUGGGAAGCGCCAUACAUCAAGGAGCUGACAGAACAGGAGGAAUUUACUCGGCAGCUACUCGGCCUCUCCGACGCCAUGAAUACCAGUGGUGCAGCAGAUAUGGGGAUGAAUGACGGUGCUGUCAUCAAUUCAGUGCUUAAAUCAUCAAGAGAAAAUUACGUUAUGAAACAAAAAUUGCAACCUUAUGAUGGACAGAGGGUCACUGAUAAAGCAGCUGAAGAUGGUUGGGCUUCGGACACUAACCUGAGGAGCUCCUGAUCUCCAACACCCUUCCUUUGUGCCAGGUAUGACUCCAACCAGUGGAGAGCUCUUCUCCAGAAUCCCAUUGUCUUGGGUUUUCUCAGAUUCCUUGAUGUCACAGGAGGUCAAAUCCUGCCUAAAUGUUAAGGGCAGUCACUCUUAUCUCACCCCUGGAAUUUGGCACAUUUGUCCAUGUUUGGACCAAGGUGUAAUGAGUCUAGAAGCCAAGUGUAAAUGAGCACUGAGCAGAUUAUUACUGAGCAGGUGGUGUUCAUAGCACUUUCGGUCACUUUACUGAUGUCUGAGAAUUCAUUGAUGAGGUGGUAAUUGGCCUGGUUGGAUUUUCCUGCAUUUUUGUGAAAAGCACAUACCUGGACAAUUUUCCACAUUGCUGGAUAGAUGGCAGGGUCUUGGUAUAUGUUGUAAAAAUUAUGAUUUUUUUUUCUAACAGAUGUCCAUGGACAUAUCAGAGCACGUUGGCGGUGAAUUGGCAGCUGCAUCUGAGAUUCCUGAGAGGGGGCAUGAGGAAGGGAUGGAGGUGAAUACUUCACACCAAUGUGGCAUUGUAGUUGCAGAGGACGGAGAGGAGUGUCAGGACCGUGAGAUGUCUGAUGUGGACAGCAGUGUUGGUGACACUUCCAUGGUAAAGUUAAAAGUUAUGGUUCUUGAGGAUGGGGAGGCCCAUGAAGCAAUGGCUGCUAUAGCAGAAAGAGGAAGCUCAGGACCUUCUGAAGGUGAGGAACCUGUGGCUUCGGGAGCUGGGGUGCUGU